GCCAUGGAAGCGGCGGGGAUGCAGCUGCCAGGCAGGAGGAAGGAGAGAGCAGGUGAGGGGGACUCUCCUAACCUGGAAUUGAAUGGCGAGGAGGAGGAAGAAGAGGAGGAGGAGGAAGAGCAGCUCAGGAGUCCAGGGUCUUUGGAUGAGGAUGAGAAAGAGUCUGACCAAGAGAUGGAUGAAUUGCGGGCCCAGGUCUUGCAGCUCUUGGAGGAACUGGAAGAGGCCCGGGAGAUGGUCCUGAAGCAAGAAGAAGACUCCCUCCAGCUGCAAGGUUUGCUGGAGGAUGAGCGGCUGGCAAGCGCCCAACAGGCGGAGAUCUUCACCAAGCAGAUCCAGAGGCUUCAAGCUCAGCUACAUUCCAUGAAGGAUGAGUUCGAUUCAAUGCAAGAAGGGAAGGACGUUGAGCUGGAUCGCCUCGAGCAGGAGCUCCGGGAAGCCAACGAGGAGAUCCACAGCUUGCGCUUGGAUGCCGAGGAAGCCGCCGCCUUGCACGAGAACGAGAUUGCCGGACUGCAGGAGGAACUCUGCCGGAUGAAGGCCGAGCUGGAACAGGUCCAAAACAUCCGUAAUGAGUACGACCUGGAGAUCACCUCCUUGCGGGCUGAGAUCGACAUGAAGGAGCCGGGCACCGGAGACAGCCAGCCGUCCCCAGAGUUGUCGGUUGUGACACAUUAUGACAACCAGACUGCCGCUCCCUCUGAAAACGUUACCAGGCUCCAAGAGGAGCUCCAGUGCUUGAGGACUCAGUACCAGGAACUCAGUGACGAGUACCAGAUCUUGCAGGAGAGCAACAAGAUCAUGGUUCAUCAGCUGGAGAAACUGGAGUCCAUGAAGUACAGAUCUAGAAGCAAGCUGGAUGACUCGCCGUCGUUUGAGUCUGACUCGGAGGAAAACAUCGAGCGCUACUACUUCAACAGCAAGCGCACCAGCCUGCAGGGGCCUGGCAGCGUCUCCUUCAAGUCGGUGGAGGUCGUGGGCUUUGCCAGCGAGUACGAGUACGACAGGAUGUCGAGGCUGGACGAGGAGGAGGACGUAUCCGAUAUGCAGCUGCAGCUGAAGACCGAAGAGCAGAAGGUGGAGACGGUGAAGGCCCAGUGCAACCAGGCCAAGGACAACCUCCGGGAGAUGGAGAGCAUGUACGAGGUCAGCCGCCAGGAGUGGGAACGGCUGCAGGAGGAGCUGCGGCUCUGCAAAGAAGAGAUCGAGAGGCUCAACGGCACCAUCCCCGUCGUCGGGGGACGGGCCCCCCACGCACCCGACCCCCCCAUGAUCUCACUCCCUCUCAUAGGACUGGUUGUGAUAGUGGCUCUGCUCUGGUGCUGGUGGGCCGAGACCUCUUCCUAAUCCCGAUCAGCUCCCAGUCGGAGGGCUGAAGCCCAUUGCCCUCUUUGUCGUGCUGGCGGGGGGACUGCUCCUGUACCCCUGCCUGAAGAGAUGCAGCGGCACUUCGCUAC